UAAUACAAUUUCAUGUUUGCAGGAGCCUUUGCUGAUACAGCUGAGGGACCGUCUGUUGGCCAGGCUUAAUGGCAUACUGGGACAGCCUGUUGACCUGGAUUAUUUCCAGUUCAUUAUGAAUCAGGAGGCGUUUAUAUGGACAUCCGCGUCCACCGUCACCCCUGUACCUGAUGUACUGGAGUGCAUUGUAAACCUCCAGGAAAAGUUGAAUUCGGCCCUUACUCCUGUUCCACGGGCAAUGGUGCUACUGGAACCGCCACAGUACGGAAGAGGACGCCCGAGGAUGACAAUUUCUGAGGACGCAUUGGCCCGUUUUAGUAAGAUGGGCUUACCAAUAACUACAAUUGCGCGCAUGUUGGGGGUGAGUGCGAAAACGGUGUCCAGGAGAAUGCGCGAUCUUGGAUUCUCUGGUGCCAGAGCCUCAUACAGCGAAAUGACGGAUGAUGAGCUUGAUCAUGCAGUACGGAGAGUUAAAGCAAGACUGCCAAAUGCCGGGUACAGAAUGGUGAAAGGCUGCCUCCGAGCAGAGGGACACAAAGUCCAGUGGGAACGGGUGGCUCAGUCCAUGCACCGGGUCGAUGCUGACGGGGUGUUCCACAGAAUGAUGCAGCUUGGGUGCAUUGUCAGAAGAACCUACUGUGUCCGCCGUCCAUUGUCCUUGGUCCACAUGGACACUAACCACAAGCUGAUACGGUACAACAUUGUGAUAUUCGGGGCAAUCGACGGCUAUUCUAGAAAGAUCAUGUACCUGGGGCCAGCAAACAACAACAGAGCGAGCACAGCUCUUACAUUCUUUCUGGAAGCAGUGGAGAAAUAUGGUUGGCCUUCCAGGGUCAGAGGUGAUGAAGGUGUUGAAAAUGUGGCAGUAGCUGAAGCUAUGUUCAGCGUGAAAGGCACUGGAAGAGGUAGCUUCAUAGCUGGAAAGAGCGUUCACAACCAAAGAAUUGAGCGACUGUGGCGAGAUGUCUGGGUCAGCGCCACUCAGCUGUUCUAUGAGGUGCUUCACAGUCUUGAGGAAGACGGCCUGCUGGAUUUGUCCAAUGUUGUUCACCUGUUCUGUGCCCACCAUAUCUUCAUCCCGCGUUUGGCCAACACCCUCCAUACCUUUGUAGAGGCAUGGGAUAACCACCCUUUAAGGACUGAGGGUGGACUCACCCCCAACCAACUCUGGGUUUUGGGGCACAUGACUGAUGUGGAAGCUGAAGAAUCUGAGUAUUUACAGAACCCAGAGAUGUUCGGGACAGACUGGGAGUCAUUUGGUCCGGUCUCAAAUGAUUUUGGCGUUCGAGUCCCAGAAUAUGAGUGCCCCAUUGCUCCAGCUGCAAUGGAAGCCGUGAGGUCUAUUAUCAAUCCUCUGGCAGAUUCUGCAUCAUUUGGGAAAGACCUGUAUGUCACCAUGUUGCAGAUUGUUACAUCUACCGGUAAUUAGUAUUACAAUGUUUUCACUCAAUGUAAAUAAAACUUGAGUAUA